AUGUUGAAGUACAAUGACUACUACUACUACUGCGUGAAUAUUGCAUCAUGGGUGUUGGGUUUAGCGGCAGCAGUAGUGUGGUUGUGGAAAAUUGUGAGGUGGGCUUGGGUGGAGCCGAGGCGCAUGGAAGCUUUCCUGAGGAAGCAGGGCCUCCGAGGCAAUCCUUACACCUUUCUCUUCGGAGAUGCUAAUGAAAUCGCCCAUCUCUACCGCCAAGCAAACGCCGAACCCAUCGAUCCUUCCGACGACAUCGUGCCUCGUGUCAUGCCCUUCAUCAAAAAAACCAUCCAAACUUACGGGAAGAACGCAUUCGCAUGGAUCGGGCCAAGAGCCCGAAUAAUAAUAUCUGAGCCUGAACUGAUGAGGAUUGUGCUAAACAAACACAAGACCUACCAAAAAAAUUUCAGGGUAUCAAACAAGAUAAUCAGACUGGUGGUUGGAGGACUUGUUUAUUAUGAAGGAGACGAAUGGAAAAGAUCAAGGAUGAAGCUCAACCCCGCUUUUCAUCUCGAAAAGUUGAAGCAAAUGGUUCCUGCAAUGCAGUCAUGCACAGAGAACAUUCUUAAUCAAUGGAAAAGCAAGAUAGGUGGCGAUGGCACGUGUGUUGUGGAUGUGUUGCACUACCUUGAGGACUACAGCGGCACAAUGGUGUCGAAGUCUUUGUUCCACGCCACUUACAAUGACGAGAUGAGAAGAAAUUUUCACUACCUUAGGGACCUCACUAUCAUGACCGACACCGCCUCCAAGCCCUUAAAUUUUCCUGGCUCAGAGUACUUCCCCUCUAAAACCAAAAGGAGAGCCAAGGAAAUGGAAAAGGAAGUUCGUCGGUCAUUUACUCAAAUGAUCGAGCAGCGGCUGAGGGACAGAAGAAGGUCUUCAUCACGUGGGCCUAAUGAGGGGGCAGACCUGCUCGACUUCAUCCUAGACGAAUUGUACGAACUGGAGAGGAGAAACAGCAGGGUAAGCAACAACAAGCGGAAGAUAAUGGAGGAGGCCAUUGCACAGACCAAGUUGUUCUACUUUGCAGGCUUCGACACGACUUCUAAUCUCCUUGUCUGGACCAUGAUCACACUUGCCAUUCAUCACAACUGGCAGGCCCGCGCGCGGGAGGAGGUUCUGCAGGUAUUGGGCCAGAACAAGGCCCUCACCCACCAUGAUUUGAACGAGCUCAAAAUUGUAAACAUGAUACUGCUUGAGGUUCUGCGUCUAUAUCCACCUGUGAUGGAACUCUCCCGAGUGGUGGAGGAGGAAACUCAACUGGGAAACCUCAGAAUCCCAAAGGGAGUGCUUUUGCAGCUGCCAAUUGCAAUGCUCCACCGGGACCCACAGAUAUGGGGUGAGGAUGCCUUGGAAUUCCGUCCCGACAGGUUUGCUGAGGGGAGCCUCAAAGCGGCCAACGGGCAGGCGGCUUUCCUGCCAUUCAGCUGGGGCCCACGGAUUUGCAUCGGCCAGAACUUUGCACUCUUGGAGGGGAAGGCCUUCGUGGCCCACCUCCUGCGCACCUUCUCCUUUGAGCUGGGCCCCACGUACCUGCACGCACCCUACGCCGCCUUCACUGUACAGCCGCAGUUCGGGGCCCCACUGCUCCUCCGCAAACUCUACUAG